UGUUUAGUGGUGAACACAGCAGCUAUUCCUGGCGAUAUAACAGAAGCACAUAAGAAAGCGGGUGGGAAAGUACUUGAGGCUGAUUCCACUACCGAUAGACUGCACGCUAUUCCAAGUUCGCCGCAGAACAGUGUGAGCGGUGCACAGACGGCCCAUUGUACCGAUGAAGCGGGUUCUGAUUCUGAUGAUGGGCCACCCCCCCUGAAACCACCACAUAUGAAACCACCCCCCAGAGCUCCGGAAGAAGAUAUGGGAAGGAGUACAAGAAACUCACAGGCUGAUCAAUGUACGGAACAGUUGGUGCGUGAACCUGACGAUGUACCGCCAGUUGCAGUGCCCAUUUACGACAGGGUGGGGGAAGGAUAUAAGUCACUGUGUGAUGUGAGUGGGGCGGUUGGUGACAAGAAGUUGUCUGUUGGUUCGCCAGGGGGUACGAAGAAACAACAUAAGCACCGGCACGGUCCCCCGAAGUUGGUUUCGCUGGCAGAUAUACAGGCUGUUGUUCAAGAUACACAUAGGGAGUUGCAGGGUGGUGUGGGGGAUUUCAGGACCAAAGAGGUGUCUGCUGAUCAGUCCCAAACCAAGAAACAUCGAGUAAAGGCAACUAUAGACAUACAAGAUCUGGCUGCAAGAACGCACAAAAAGCUCAGCGAUGACUAUGCGGGUGACAGUGGGCCUAUUGAUAAUGAGGAAAAGCCGCCCCCGGCUAUCCCGCUCUCAGACGUCCCGGAAUCU